AUUUUUAAUCAACAUUGACUUAUUGGGAAUUCCCUACAUGUUAUGCCAAACUUUGCUCAUCACUUAAGUCAAGAUAUUAGUGUACGUACAGUUAAGUGUCUGACAAUAAGUCGCGAAGUCAAAACAUUUAUCAAACAGUAACACGUUACGUGAAAAUGCAUCCUGAUUCCAUGGUCAUUAAUAUCCUUGACCACCAAAGUUUUAAUUGAACUGGUCAAAUUUUAAUUUUAACGUGUCAUUCAAUAAAAAUAAUAAUACUCUGAAACUACUAGUAAUAAUAGUAACUAGUCUUCACCCUCCCCCCCCCCACCAAAAAAAAACAAAACAAAAAAAAACAAACCGUAGACCUACGCCUACUUAAUACCAUACCAUAAUCAGACUACCCCAAAAAACAACAAAAUUAUUAUUAAAAUUAUCUAAUCUUGCCUUAGUCACCAUCACAGUAACUUUCUGUCUUGGUCAACCUUAAUUUAAGGCUUAAAUUGCCUUAAUAAUUCCUUUAAUGCCCUGCCUUAAGUUAACUAGUGUAGUGUUAGUGUAGGCCUAGCCCAAUUAAUUAAUUAAUAAUAUUAACCAAAGCCUAUUGAUAUUACUAUUAUUUUUAGGACAGGAUAGUGUAAGUUUAUCGAAGUGGUUAUGCGCAGCCGACUGAGAGUUAUACGCAUUCGGCAAGUCACGUGAGGUCUAUAUUCUUCCUGUGUUACAUUAUCGAUUGAUAAAGGUGCCUCUUUAGUGGGGUGACUGGGUGGUCGAAUGGUACAAACUGACCAAACCUCAAGUUGGUGGUCUUGAGUUCAAUUCCAGCCAACGGCAAGCCAAGAAUACACGAUAUGUCUUUUCUCGAGAAUGAAGCAAAAACAACUAACCAACUUACUUUUGUUUUGGCUAAAAAAUGUUAAAACUUGAGAAGAAUUAUUAACUUGACUAAUGUAAUGUUAAUAAUGUUAUUCUUAUAAUCAUCAAAUAUAUGUUUGUGCUGUUAACAUAUAUUUUGUGUUGUUAACUAAUUUUGUGGCAGAUAAAAAUCAUGUUUCUCUGGUACAGUAAUAAAUAUAAUCAUGGGUUGAGAGAAGCAGUAAAAAAAAUCGCUGUAGGGGCAGGGGUUCUGUAGAGGGAGCACUGUAAGUAAUACUUUCACACAGUUAUAGUUUUGCAUGGAAGCUGAAAACUGUUAUAUUUAGGUCAUCAAAAAAAAAAAUUUAAAAAUCAUAAAUGAUAAAAAAUUUUUUUAAAUAAAUAGAAUGUAUUUCCUGAAUUAGUCAGUAAAACUAACCACAUAGUCAUAGCAACAUAUAAAGAACUAAUCAAUCAAAAUACAUAACUAGACUUAGACCAUGGAAAUGCUUUUUAAAAAAUCUUAGACUUAGGCUUAGACUCUAAGAAAUGUAGACUUUGACUUAUACUUAUAAUUAUAAUAUAUAAGAUACAAGCAAUAAUACAAUAAUACUAAUAAUAGCACUAAUACUAAUACUAUUGCUAUCAUCAAUUUCAAUAUUAAUUAAAAUUAAUUCAAUUUUAACACAUUAAAAGUUAUAGUUCAAAACAACCCGACAUGCAGCUAAUUACGCAUCAUGCUUUUUUUUAAAAAUUGCCAAACAAGCGAUUGAUAACCUUAUUUGGCUAAAUUCCUAGCCGACUGCGUAUAACCCUGAGAGUUAUACGCAGUCGGCUGUGAAUAACCCUCAGGGUUAUGCGCAGCCGACUGCGUAUAACGCUUCCCAACAUUCCCUAAGUUUAUUCAAUCUCCGGAAUCUCACACUUUCAUUUUGAGCCUACUUUUCUUUUAGUCUCCUCACUUUUAUUAAAACUUUAUGUUUGAGGCCCAGGCAUAGGAAUUAUUAUUAUUAUUAGAACUCAAUUAGGGCUUGUUGAUUAUGGGGGCAUACUCAGCAUAAGUCAUGAUAAGUAUAAGACUAUAAAAUAGACUUAAAAAUCACCCCCCUCCCCCACCAAACCCUUUUGUCACAUUUGAAUGCAUAUUAAGUGAGUAAGUUUCCCCACAGAGCUGCGACUAAAAUAUUGAAAAAUGUGUCUCUAAUUAAUACUAUUCCAGCCUGUCACUAUGUAAUGUUAUUAUGUAUGCCACCAGGGGCAUCUAUCUCCCCUGAGUGAUUGAACAGGAAGACAACCCCCAUCCCCUCUAGACCUUGGACUUAGAAUCUUAUGGGUUGUGCCACUAUUAACUGAUUAACUAUCAUGAGCCGGUGGGAGCACUGGGCGUUUCUUUCGUUAUAGCCACGUACCACUGGUAGCGCCAAUGUUUGUACCGUAGUAAAUGUGACCUAGAUUUAAUUUGGCCCCAGCGGCUUUUUCAAUCUGGUAGCUAAUCAGUUAAUAUUAGUCAUAAAUUAUACAUAAAUGUACAGAUGAAAAAUUGUUAGAACAUUGACGUUGUUGACUAUUCAAUAAUAAUCUUCAUAACAAAACAUUACAAUUUUACUAUUAGCUCAAUAAUUCUUCAAAUUUGAAAAAAAAUCAUAUUAUAAAAUCCAGCAAUUAUUCUUAUUAAAAAAUGAAUUUUAGUAGUUCUAUAAUUUUUAUUUUAAUUAAGUGUCUCUGCGGUCAAAACAUGUAUCAUUCCAUGCUAGAGGAUUGGAGUUCAAUUCCCAGCCUAAGCUAAGACAAUCAAAAUAGAUGUUUUUUCAUCUCACCCCGCCCCCCAAAAUCACACAUACUCGCUUUAAAAAAAUGUAUAGUGUAUUUUUUCCAUUCCCAUUUUAAUUUUCUUUCCUGGAGAAAUUCAAAAGCAGGUUAAAGGGAGAGAGGGGAUUUUUUUUCCCACCCCCCAACUCAGAUUGGAAGCAACUGCUUACGUACUCCCCCUGUGUAGACACUCCUGUAUGCCAAAGUAUGGCAAUAUGGAUAUAAUGGACAGAUAGGUGUGAUGAAGGCCUCUGGUUAUUUAUUAUACUAAUACAAGUUAUGUAUAUAAUUAGUAGGCCUAUAGAUACUGCCCUAUACUAUAGUAUAAUUAUAUACCUUUGAUACAUAGUGACUUUGUAGUUGGUAUAAUUUACUGAUAUUAUUACUACUAGAAAAGUUAGCCUUUUGUCUAUAGUGGCUAUAUAGCUAUAGGCUUACUGCCUAUGAUUUAGUGCUGAGGUGGGAGACCUUGUGGAGAAUGGACUGCUAAAGUUGGAAAAAUUUGGUUUUGCCCAAAAGAUUUUUGUUUUUAAUUAAAUGGUGUAGUGACAAUUAAAAGUUAUUAAAAUAUCAAAGUUUAUCAAGAUUUCAUUAGAUUUAAUAUUAAGCAUCCAGUAAGUCUGGUAAGCACUGGCAUACUUACAAAAUGAAUAUAUAAUUUAUUUAGUGGUAAUAUUUCAUGCUUUACAUACUGUGUAGCACAUUUUACUUUUCAUUGCUACCACUGUGGGGUGUUUUUAUUUUGGAAAAACGGUUGCCCGCCAAGGAUCUAGUGUAUAGAUAUAUUAUCAUAUAUACUAUAUUGUGGUCACAUAUACAUUACCAUCACAUAACCACAUGCAUAAUUUGUUAAAUCAUAUUUAUGGUAUAUUCAAAUAUAGGCCUAUACUUUUUUUAAAUAGGUGGACACAAACAGAGAUUAUACACUGAGAUCAUGAUCAGGCUUAAAAAUGGCUCCUUGAAGUCUUGAAAUAUUCAGACUCAGAUACUUAGAUAUGUAUAACCAGACUAUUUUUUAAUCAAAUGAUGAGACCUAAUACUAAACGGAGGCCAAAGACAAAAUCGUCAGUGCAGCCCUGUGAAGAGAAAUUUUGUUGUACUGCAAUAGACUCUGAGGCUAAAUUUUUCUGUGAUGACUGUAAGUCUGCACAGUGCCAAGAGUGUGAAACAGAAAUUCACAAAUCAAAGCUCAAAUUUGAUUUUCAUUUUCGACGCCCUUUAGCCUCUCCUUCUGUGUCCAACCUAUGCCAAGCCAAGCAGGUUAAUUUGAUCUGUCGAGAAAGAAAUUUCCCAGACCUGUGGUGUGAACACUGCAAACUUCAACUGUGCUAUACUUGCUUCGACAAUUAUCAUUCGAAUGACAAGCGAAAGCAUCACAUCAAUGUUUCAGUAGCUCACCAUUUCAAAAAGUUACAGGAGCUUCAGCAAGAAAAAGAGAAGGAGCUCAAACAAGAAAAAGAGAAAGAGCUCCAGAAUUCUUUAGAACUUUACCAAGAUGCCAUCACUGAUAUGAUUAAACCACUGGCUCCGUAUUCAGUCUCAGAUUCUGAUGAAUCUAUGACCUUUUGUUCAUUUCCGCAAGAAUCUAUCGGCUCCAGGGGCAAUAUGGCAUUUACAUCAGCUAAUUCGAGUAUUCACUCAAAUCAGAGCAGUUCAAGCAUUCCAGAUUUAUGCCAAGGUGUGCUGCUGGAAAAUGCUCUGAUGAGAAACAGCUUAAAUGAAAGUGGCUGUGAUAACUGGAAAGAGAGUUUUAUACUAGUAAAUGAAGAGGAGAAAUUACAGGUAGGUAAUUAAUUUUUAUUGAAAAGUAACUCUUAAAAAAGAAUAAUUUUUCUAUCUUGCGUUAGUAACCAGCAAAACAUCCAUUGUGCUUGAACGCUUUUCUGGGUCAAUAGUUAGCAAACUGUUCAAAUCUUAAGAACAACGAAUUCAUUUAAGAGUUACCCAUUUAAUCAAUUAAACAAUUGAAAUAAAUUUGCUAGAUCUGCUGCUGUCCAAAAGAAACAAUAAAAACUGCAUUUUCUCAUUGAGGUAGGGUUGCAUAAUUUUCAAUAAUAUGAUGAUGCUGCCUUUCAUUACUAAUCUCGUUUAGGAACAAAUGCACUUAUUUCUUUGGGGCAUUCCUGAAAAUAGCAGGGAGAUCCCACAGCUAUUUAAAAAAUUUAAAUAAUCAAAUAAAAAAAUAAAGACGAAAUUUUGAAAUAUUGUUUAGAAAUGAUUAGUCUUUAAAUACUUCUAUUCUAAUGAACACUGCACAUCAGUUUUGAAAUUCUGUUAACCUAUUGUCUGUUUAAAGGCUUUAAAAAUUUUUUUAAACAUUUUUGUUUGUAACAGCCAAAGGACGAUAAAGAUUUUCUGGAACUUUUGGGUUGUGAUAAAAAUGACACUUUUAAAGUUGUCUCCAUUUUCGGUAACACUGGAGAUGGGAAAUCCUACACGUUGAAUCAAUUGUUUUUUGGAGGCAAUGAAGUCUUCAAGACUAGCCCCAGUCAGUCUUCAUGUACCCUUGGAGUGUGGUGCGCCCUAGCUCCACAAUAUAAAGCAAUUGUCUUAGACACUGAAGGCUUACUAGGAUCUUCAUCUAAUGAAAACCAGCGCACCCGGCUCCUGCUGAAAAUACUUGCUAUCUCUGACAUAGUAAUCUAUCGCACUAGAGGGGAAAGACUACACAACGAUAUGUUUGUAUUCCUGAGCAAUGCCUCAAAGGCUUAUUGUGACCAUUUUAAAGUUGAGUUGACCAACACUUCCAAAAAGUACGGUAUAUCUGAGGGAAGCCUGGGCCCAGCAUUGAUCAUAUUCCAAGAAACGACUCACACACAGGUCUUGCAAGGCACGAAAGGUUUGUGAAUUUUAUUUUGUAUUAUUGAAGAAUGGUUAAAAACAAGACGUAAAGAAAAUGAGUAGUUGUUGAUUAAAGCUUUUUCAACCCAAAACACAAUUUGCAUUUGGGAGCAGGAGUCUGUGUGAUCUGAUAAACAUUGUGUGAAUCUUAUACAGUUUUAUUAACCUAAUUUAUAAAUCUGCUUUUUUUUUUUGUACAGUCCAUUUAAGUUUUAAAAAAUGAAGUUUAAGUUUGUUAUAGUAGCCUGUAUUCUCACACAAAUUUAUGUUUGUUAUAGUAGCCUGUAUUCUCACACAAAUUUAUGUUUGUUAUAGUAGCCUGUGUUCUCACACCCAAAUUAAGAUUUUUAAGUAGCCGUACAAUACUUACCAGAUUUUCACUGCGUGUGUGUGCGAAUUAAUAUUUUUACCUUUCUAUUAAUAUAAGUAUACACAUGCUGUAAGUUGAUAUAGUUUUUAUUUCUAAAUAUUUGAUUUUAUACUUAUAUCAGGAUUGUUAGUAUAAAUUUAUAAUUGUUAAUAUCACUGGCCUUGAUAUAGUUUUUUCCUUGUAUAAUGGUUUUCGGUGCUUUGUUCCGUAUUGUUCCUCUAACGAGUCAAAUCUUGAAACAUAUUAAAUUUAUUAAAACUUAUAAUGGUACGUAGAAAAAUUUGCUGUCACUUCUUUAAAAAAAAUCUUAUUUCAUUUAUAUUUCUGCUAGAGACUUGACAAAAUGCAUUAAAUCAAGCCUUUCUGGCAAAUUUUGUUUAAUCGCCUUAUCCAGACAAACCAGCUCAUGCAAUUCUGAGAGACAAGUUCCUGGAGUCCGAUAACCCAGUGGAUGCCUUUCACAACACCAUCCACUAUGUCGGUAUCACCACCAGCAAACCGCCCACUGAUUUCAACAAACUGAGAGACUCUAUGAUAAGGCGUCUCGGUGACAAUUCUGUGAGAGCUGCACGUAAACCAGCUGUUAUAUUUCAGUCCCUGAAGGUUUGUUGGUUCCUACUAUUAUAAUAACUAAGAUAUUUUUCAGUGAACCCACUUUCAAAGUGCUUUUCUCAGCACCAUUUCAGGUUAAAACGCUGAGGAUCUAUCUGUAAAUAUUUUGGAUUUGUGGAUUUUACGGCUGUCAAACUAAAUAUUUGUAUAGGUUUUUGUGUGUCUAAAUGCUGACAUACAUUUUACUAUUAAUAUAUAUUUUGCCCUGGCCCAAACGAUAAGAUCCAGUCUUUAAACAUUAAGGUUAACUGAAGAAAGAACAUCCACUGACGUUGAUUGAAAUCAAAAUAGCAGUGCUGCGGUGUAUUGCUGUUAGUUGUAAUGCCGUCAAUAUCAGAUCAUUCUGCGCCGUUAUCACGCCAGCUGCUGCUUAUUCUUACGUGGACAUUUAUGAUCUUCCCUUACGUGGACAUUUAUGAUCAUUUAAAAAAAAAAUACACUUUGUAAAUAAUUUCAGAUCAUACACAAUGAAACAGGUAAGAGUUAAACUUGAGGAUAUUUUAAAGCAAUUGUUUACAAAUAUUGUUCUAAAAAAAUUUGUAGGCUCUGAAUGAGAAAUUCAACGGCAAGAUUGAGAAACCACAGUUCAACACAUUCCCAGAUGAGUAUUUCACCUGUACAUGCAGAUGUCUGUCCUGCAAGUGAGUUGGCUCGGAGAGGAUUAUGAUAUAAUUGUAUUUGGUUUGUUUUGUCAUAAUUAAAAACUUACAUUCCAUUUUCAUUCUAAAACUUAACACACAUUUUAAAUAAUCUGCAAAGUCCUAUUUUAUAUAUCUGAAUUUUAUAAAUCCAAGUUAAAAUGAGUAGUUUUUAAUCUAAAAUCAAUGAAAGGGAUUAUGCUAAUGAGUUAGGUCACCACUAUAUCAAAUGUAGAAAAUCAUUGAAAGUGAAAUGAUAAUUAUUAUUCAUGCAUUGACAACUUGGCCAUGUCCAGGUCACCACUAUAUUAAAUGAUUGAAAUGACUAUUAUAAUUUGGCCAGGUCCAGAUGUAAACUCAACAUGAACCAUGACACAAACAGUGAGCAGCACGAUGCAGGCAGAGAUGUGCUCUGCGAGUACCAAAGUCAGUAUGGAAACAAAGUCUACAUGUGUAAGGUGUGUUCCUUCGGAUAGUCUGUUUUACAAGUUAUACUUUUUAAAAAAUUAAUAAAAGUUGAAUCCAUUUGUUUUAGCUGUUCAUCUGUUUUAUUUUAUUUUAGAUACAUUCAUUCCUCAUGCACUGACUGAGGCAUGAGGGUAGAGCUAAGGAGCUUAAUUAAGUCUGUUGGCUGCUUCUGUGGCAGUUGUCAUGAGGCUAGAGCCAAGGGACUUAAAUCUGUUGGCUGUUUCUGUGGGAGCUGUCCCCAGGGUCAGGUUUUUAAUCUGGAGAUUUCUAUCUUUUGUUAGGUGCCAGGUUUCUUUCAGUCUUCUGAUCCUGGCAAAUGAACCUGCUGGUAUUUAAAAACACGACCAAAUGUGUCAUUCUGCUCUCCCUUUCCUCGCUUUUCUGGGUUUAAGUUUGAGCUUUGCCCCUAAAAUGUUUUGUUAAUUUUCUUUCCAAUAACAGCUUGGCACAUCUUGCAAGGACCACCUCCAUUGACCAUUUGCCUCUGUUCUCUUCCAUCUGGUGAUGUCCAUGUGGACAAGCAAGGUGCCUUCAUUGCCAAGGUUCUAUUCUUCACAGAGAUUGAUGACUUUCUCUAUUGAUGCCAAGGUUCUAUUCUUCAAAGAGAUUGAUGACUUUCUCUAUUGAUGCCAAGGUUCUAUUCUUCAAAGAGAUUGAUGACUUUCUCUAUUGAUGCCAAGGUUCUAUUCUUCACAGAGAUUGAUGACUUUCUCUAUUGAUGCCAAGGUUCUAUUCUUCACAGAGAUUGAUGACUUUCUCUAUUGAUGCCAAGGUUCUAUUCUUCACAGAGAUUGAUGACUUUCUCUAUUGAUGCCAAGGUUCUAUUCUUCACAGAGAUUGAUGACUUUCUCUAUUGAUGCCAAGGUUCUAUUCUUCAAAGAGAUUGAUGACUUUCUCUAUUGAUGCCAAGGUUCUAUUCUUCAAAGAGAUUGAUGACUUUCUCUAUUGAUGCCAAGGUUCUAUUCUUCAAAGAGAUUGAUGACUUUCUCUAUUGAUGCCAAGGUUCUAUUCUUCAAAGAGAUUGAUGACUUUCUCUAUUGAUGCCAAGGUUCUAUUCUUCACAGAGAUUGAUGACUUUCUCUAUUGAUGCCAAGGUUCUAUUCUUCACAGAGAUAGAUGACUUUCUCUAUUGAUGCCAAGGUUCUAUUCUUCACAGAGAUUGAUGACUUUCUCUAAUGAUAUCUACAUCGUCUCAGCCGUGCUUUCCAAAAGUUCCUUAUCUGGUUUUAUUCUUACCUCCUCGACUGGCAUUGAUGUCGUGUAAAUCAAGAGGAUUGUACUUCUUUUGGGAGGUCUAAAUAGUUGUCUUUCUUUUCUUCAUCUGCAUUUCAAUUAUCCAUGACGUUUUCCUAACUAUUUGAGUUAUUACAGCAACAAUUUUAAAAAAAAAAUAAUUUCAGAUGCUUCUCCUAAUUUGCAUUUGAAAUAUUUCUCUCUCAUAAAUAACCAGGCAGAUCAUAUUUGAUGGAAAUGUUUAUAAUUAUUCAUUCACAGAAGUGUUUGAGUAACAAGAAACAGGUCAUUGUUGUUCCGAAGACAUCUUCGUCACAGGAUAACAGCUGGCUGGGUUUAACUAAAUAUAUUUGGUCGGGGUAAGUUUUUCUGUACUGUUCUCACUAGUUAAAAGCCCUUUUUUGUUCAAGGGACCAUGGAAACACUGGAAAAGUAUAUUGUGCUUAGGAAAUGAUUCAGAGUUAGGAAUAAGCUGCAAUUUGUAUUUUCUUUUGAAAAAUUGUAAAAAUGAUGGUUAAAAUGUUAAAAUAAGGAACUAACAAUGAUUAGGUUUGUGAUGGUGUCAGCCUGUUUUGAUUUAACAAGAGAGAGAUUUAGAAAUGGAACUGUUCAGAAACAGACUUCAAUGGAGCUAAAACUUGUACCAGAAUUGUAUGUGCACCGUGUACCAGAAUUGUAUGUGCACCGUGUACCAGAAUUGUAUGUGCACCGUGUACCAGAAUUGUAUGUGCACCGUGUACCAGAAUUGUAUGUGCACCGUGUACCAGAAUUGUAUGUGCACUGUGUACCAGAGUUGUAUGUGCACCGUGUACCAGAGUUGUAUGUGCACCGUGUACCAGAAUUGUAUGUGCACCGUUUACCAGAGUUGUAUGUGCACCGUGUACCAGAGUUGUAUGUGCACCGUGUACCAGAAUUGUAUGUGCACCGUGUACCAGAGUUGUAUGUGCACCAGUGAUUUGCUACAUAAGACAGUACCUGACAUAGUUAUUUACAAAAUAUUUAUACAAAACAAACAAGAAUUAAAAAUAUAGAACAAAGUUUAGAAGUCAAGCAUACUUGUAUCUUCCUCACUUUAAAAAAAGUCACCCGCGCAAGUCAUCAGUCAUCCAACUAUACCACCGGCUCCCGAAACAAAUAUUCUUUGGAGAACUCACGAUAGGCAAGCGCUCCCAAGGAGGCCAAAGAAAGCGUUACAAAGACUCACUGAAAGUGGCACUAAAGGCCUUCAGCAUAAACACUACUCAAUGGGUGCAGACAGCCCAGGACAGAGCCAGAUGGAGAGCUGCUGUCAAGAAGGGGGCUAAAUCCCAUGAAGCUAAGAGAAUAACCACAGCUGAGACACGCAGGCUUGUCCGAAAGAGCAACAUUAGGUCAUCGUCUGAAGCAACUAUUCCAUGCCCACUGUGUCAUAGAUUAUUCCGUGCAAGGAUCGGUCUAACAAGCCACCUAAGAGCUCACCGUAAUCCCAACCCCCCCGCCCGCCCCUAACCGGAUGAUUCGAUGGUCCUUGUCGACUUCGACGGACGAACAACAACAACAACUUGUAUCUUCUAACUUAAGUGGGGAAAAAAAAGAAAGGUCAAAAGUAGAAGAAAAAUUUCUUUAAAAUAAUUAAAAAGGUGAGUUAAAUAUUUCUUUUUGUUUCCCCAGUUACGUCUAUGAGUGCCCCAACUGUGGCAUCAUCUACAGGAGUCGAGAGCAUUGGUAUGGAAAUGAGGAGGAGGAAAAAGUCCUGCAUGUAGAGUACAGACAUGUUUGGCCACAGGUUGGAAGAAUAGUUCUUACUCACUGAUGCUUUUUUUGUGGGUCCCAGUCUUUUAGCCCCACAGUCAGGGACUUUAUGGCCCACAUGUUAAGGCUAGUUUAGAAACAGUCUGACACUCUAUGGCCCACAUGUUAAAGCCAGUUUAGAAACAGUCUUACACUCUAUGGCCCACAUGUUAAAACAAGUUUAGAAACAGUCUUACACUCUAUGGCCCUCAUGUUAAAGCCAGUUUAGAAACAGUCUUACACUCUAUGACCCACAUGUUAAAGCCAGUUUAGAAACAGUCUUACACUCUAUGACCCACAUGGUAAAGCCAGUUUAGAAACAGUCUUACACUCUAUGACCCACAUGUUAAAGCCAGUUUAGCAACAGUCUGACACUUUAGAGAGAUCAGCAUAAAUGCAGAUUAAAAUGUAAACCAAAGUACCACUGUUCUUAACUUGAUACAAAAGCCACAGUCAACAUAACAAUGGCUGUACACAUGCUUUUACACAUUGCUUUUAGUGGAAAUAGUUCCCAUAAAUCCAAGCUUAUUUGUAAACAAUGUAAAAAGAAAACUCAAGUUUGCUAACUAUUAUAUAAAAAAAACUAUGGUUGCAUCAUGUUUAUAAAACUCUUCCAUGUCAGCUCAAAAUUAAUUUCAAACCAUGAAUUGUGACACGCAAUUAAUUAAUGUGCAGGGUCCAUCAGCACUAGAUGGCACACACAAUGCAGCCCAGAAAGUUCUAGAUGGCUUUCAUUAUGUAGCCAACACCAUUAGCAGUGUGGGUGCCAGGCCAACCAAGUAUCUGGCUGAAUGGACAGCUGACCAGAUCAAUCCAUCCUACUGGGUGCCCAACAGUGAGAUUAUUGUAAGUGGUGAGGGUUAUUUGCUAGAAAAGAGAGAGCGAGUUUUAUUAGAUAAAUAUUAAAUGGAAUGCAUCAUUAAGAUAUGAGCACAAUUUGUCAAUAUAAUGGACACAUAAUGUAAUUACAGUUAUUAAUAAGUCAGUGUUUCAUUUGUUUUUGUUUGCAUGAUAUUACACAUUUUUUAAAAAUGUCUUCAUUAUUUUAUGCCAAAAUAAAUAAUAUUUUGCCAUAUUUAUAUUAUUCUGGAUGUACAACUGGCAGAUUACACCACUGCUGUUCCUGUUGUGGCAUAUGACAGAAUCUAUCUCUUUUAUGGCUUAGACAUCCCCCCCCCCCACCAAAUCAGUUUGUUAUUAAUAAUAAUAUUUUUUAUAAUAGCUUAAACAUUUAGACAACUUUUUUUUUAAUUGAUGAAAAGGCAAAAUGUUGAUUGUUAUUCCUUAAACUGAAACAAAUGGGGUGAAAAAUUUGUUUAUUUCAUUUAUCAGAAAUGUUCCAAUGCAAAGUGUCAAAUCCUAUUUGACUGUGCUGAACAGAAGCACCACUGCCGAGCCUGCGGGAAAGGCUUUUGCUCAGAGUGCUCAUCCAGGAAACGACCAGUGCCAGAGAGAGGAUGGGGCCCGGAUCCAGUUCGGGUGUGCGACCAUUGCUACGAUAAGGAUGAGACAGGUACAAGAAUACCCUCCACUCCUGAUGCAGGUGAUUUAAAAGAAGCCCAAUUUUUUAAAAAAUUUUUCAGCUUUGGUUCAACUCAUUCAAAUUUUUUUUUUUUUUUUAAGUGCCUCAGAUAUUACUGAAUUUUUAGUUUUGCAUUUUAAAAUCCUGCAUUUUCUUUUCUUCUUUGGUUUAAAUUAAGUAUGAUGGAUGAUAUUACAAUUCCUAAUUAUUUUCUAGACCAUUUUUCCAUGGGUGGGAGAGGUACAAGAAUACCCUCCACUCCUGAUGCAGGUGAUUUAAAAGAAGCCCAAUUUUUUAAAAAAUUUUUCAGCUUUGGUUCAACUCAUUCAAAUUUUUUUUUUUUUUUAAGUGCCUCAGAUAUUACUGAAUUUUUAGUUUUGCAUUUUAAAAUCCUGCAUUUUCUUUUCUUCUUUGGAUUAAAAUAAGAAUGAUGGAUGACAUUACAAAUCCUAAUUAUUUUCUAGACCAUGUUUCCAAGUCGGAGAACUUUUUUAUGAACUACAGUUGUGUUGUUUUGGUAAUGCUGCAGGCAUAGUUUUAGUUAUUUAAAACAGGAAAACUGUUAACCUCACAGAUGGGGAGGAUUUCAAUAUUUUAUAACUGCAAACCUGGCGUUACCUCAACCAACACCAUACCCUUCUAACACAUGUGGUGCACCCCCCCAACAACGCAAACUGUGUCAAACCAUCCAAUUGUUUUUUUAUGGAUCAGUUAGACAAUUGACAUGGCACGAUCUAUUUCCUUUCCCCAGAAACUGUGGACGAAGCAUCCAGUGAGAAAGCAGCUUUGACUGCAAGGAAAGUGGGUGAGGCCGUGACUUCAACCUUCAGUGUAGUCGCCUCCGCCCUGGACUAUCCUAUAGGUUUGUACAUUGACCAGUGGUUUAAUAUAUUUUUAGUUCCCAAAUAGUUUCUUUUUUGUAUCCCAAAAGUUCUUGUUUGUAUCACAACAUGUCUUGUUUUUAUCCCAAAAGUUUAUGUUUGUAUCCCAAUAGUUCUUUUUUGUAUCCCAACAGUUCUUGUUUGUAUCACAACAGUUCUUGUUUGUAUCUCAACAAUUUAUGUUUGUAUCCCAACAGUUCUUGUUUGUAUCCCAACAUUUCUUGUUUGUAUCCAAACAUUUCUUGUUUGUAUCCCAACAGUUCUUGUUUGUAUCCCAACAGUUCUUGUUUGUAUCCCAACAGUUCUUGUUUGUAUCCCAACAGUUCUUGUUUGUAUCACAACAGUUCUUGUUUGUAUCCCAACAUUUAUUGUUUGUAUCCCAACAGUUCUUGUUUGUAUUUGUAUCCCAACAGUUCUUGUUUGUCGCCCAAUGAUUCCCGUUUGUAUCCCAACAGUUCCUGUUUGUUUUUUUCUCUAUCAAAGGGAUGAGUUGAAUUCUUAUUAAAUUUGUAAUUGGAGUACUGAUAUUUGAUUAAUGGCUGCUCAGAACUGAUGACUAUUUAAGAAAGGGGGUUUUGUUACUUCUGGUCCAUGCCUCCAAGACAGUUAUUACAAAAUAACGUGUACUUUAUGAAGGAUUGUUUACUUCCAUUUACACUGUUAUAGUUUUGUCAAAACUCUGGUGUUUUUAGUUGCUUUGUAUUUUGUUAACUUGCUUAUAAAUAGAAUGAUGUUAGCAAAAAUAUUUGUUACAAUCUUCCUGUGCCAAGUCAAUGAACUUUUCCUUAUUUCUAUUGACUAGUCCAAGAAUGUAUUUAAUUCACUCAUUUUAUCUGGACCCUUUUUGUCUCCUUUUUGUUGAUGUUGACUGCAUUUUAUUUAUUUGCUUAAGCUUGGUGUUAUUUUUUUUGGCCUUACCACCACAUAUCUACCACAUAUCUUCCACAUACAAACUUAUCUCCAGGAAUGAUCAAGAAUUCUGCCCGGCCCGUCUACUGGGUGCCAGAUGAGAUGAUUAAGAAUUGUUGCGUUUGUGAGGAAAACUUUGGACCCCGACUGGCCAUUCAUCACUGUCGGGACUGCGGGCAAGGCGUUUGCGAGAAGUGCUCGCCCGAAAAACGCCCAGUUCCUCUGAGAGGGUGGGACUACCCGGUGCGAGUGUGCACCAACUGCGUCAAGAAAGGUGUCGACCUUUAGCUGUACUUUGGAGAGUCGUGGAUUUUUAUUGGACUGCUGUUUUUUUUUAUUUGUUUAGUCCACCAUGAUGUAACUCACACGGUGACCUGUCCACCAUGAUGUAACUCACACGGUGACCUGUCCACCAUGAUGUAACUCACACGGUGACCUGUCCACCAUGAUGUAACUCACACGGUGACCUGUCCACCAUGAUGUGGCGCACACAAUGACCUGAUAAUUAUGGUCAUUUAAUUCUUGGUGGAAAUGAGGUUUGGCAUAUCACUUUAACAAUAAUGAUAAUGGUAACAUUUUCAAACUGAUAAAAAAAUAUUUUUUUUAUUAUUAUGGAAAUAUUUAAAUGUCUUUUAUCUACAAGACCAUUGGUAACCUCUUCCUAUGUUUGUCAAAAAUGGUUUUAAAACAUUUGUAAUAGCUCGUUUGAGACUAAAACAGUUUCGUCCAAUCUAAUAAGGCCAUUGUUUCGCUCCAUCUCAGUUGAAUUUGAAGGUAUUCUGUGUUUGUGGCCAGUUGUAGGAAUGGGG